AUGCAAUUAAGUCCAGCACAGAAGCAUUUUGUUGGAAAAGCGGUGGAAUUGUCAACAUUCGCUAUACAAUGGGGAUUCGUACCUUUUGUUGUUUACCUUGGUUUCAGACAAGGCCCUGAACCUUUACCAAAUGGACAGGUUAAAAAUGUGCACGUCAUGAGACCUGCAUUUUGA